GAGUUAGGGAAGAGUUGGAGUCAGCCAGAAUUUGCAGAUAGCCAGGCAGCCAUGCGUCCUCUGGCUGUGUCUUGCCUCUUCUUGGUUUUGUCCUCCGUGUCCGGCUUGGCCCUAGAGGAAAUCUUGAAGGCGUCCAAGUGCGGCGGCAAACUGGUGGUGGAUGAUGAAGUGACGCUGAGAAGCCCCGGUUAUCCCAACUCUUACCGCAACAGGGCGAAAUGCAUUUGGAAAGUGGCUGCUAAUGAUGGCACCUCAAAACUGGAGAUGUACUGUUCUACAUUCGAUGUUCAGGCAUCGCAAAAAUGUAAGAAGGACAGGCUGACGGUGAUGCAAGGAAAGAAGGAGUUGAAGCGCUUUUGUGGCGAAGGCCCCAAAAGUUUCAGUUCUGAUUCCAGCGAGCUGGAGAUCGUAUUCAAGAGCAAUCGGUGGGUGUCCAAGAAUGGCUUCGAGUGUACUGUUCGGAAGGUGAAUCAAGACACCUCUGAAGGAUACUGGACUAACACACAGCCUCCCACCACCAACAAGCCCACGAACAAGCCCGAAACCACCAAGGCCCCCACUCAACCUACUGGCGACGGGAAAUGUGAGUGUGGAGUGCCCAACCUAAACCGCAUUGUGGGAGGUAACACCGUGAACCCUGCACACAAGUAUCCGUGGCAUGUGGGCCUCAAGAAGAGAAACCAUUUGUCAUACUGGUGCGGCGGAACCAUCAUCAAUAACAAGUACGCCCUCACUGCCGCUCACUGCUUCUUUAACAAACAAGGCGAACGAGAAUCUGACGAAGGGCUGGUGGUGGGCGUGGCUGACCAUGACAUGACGACCACAUCAGACGAUGCUUCUGGAGUGACGCGCUUGGUCAAUGUGAAAAAGGUUAUUCUUCAUUCCAAAUACGAUCCUAAAGGAUACGACUAUGACAUGGCACUGCUGCAGCUGGAGGAGACACUUGACCUCAGCAAAAACAAGGAGCUUCGCGCCGUGUGUCUGCCCAAGGAUGACUCCAAGAAUUACGCAGGGAUGAAGGGCAUCGCCAGUGGUUGGGGGCGACUGGUGACAGACGGGGAUCAGCCAGACAAGCUGAAGGAGGUGGUGCUGCCCAUUCUGGACGCGAAGUGCUGGAACUACCAAAUCAGUGAGAGGAUUUUGUGUGCCGCUGACCAGGAGGGCAAAAAGGAUACAUGCCAAGGGGACUCCGGCGGACCGCUCUACGUGCAGGAAAGCUCCAAGUUCGUUCAGGUCGGUGUAACCUCCUUCGGCUUCGGUAAUUGCGCCGAGAAAGGCAAGCCCGGAGCCUACGCCAGGGUGUCCAAAUUCCUUGACUGGAUAAAGGAAAACACUGCUGAUGCCACUUACUGUCAGUAGUGGGUUUGACACGGCUCGUUGCCCCUUCCCCUUCCUCUCCACAACCAUUUUUCUAGCUUUUUUUUUUUUUUUUUUUUACACUUUUUACCGAAGGUGAAUCUGUUUCUUCUUGUGAUUUCUAAAAAUAUGUUGUGAACUGCUGAAUAAAAUUGUUCUUAAAAAAU